AGGAAACACAACUUAAAUGAAAAGUGGGAGUUGGUCCUGAUUGUACACUCGUCCUGCGUCUAACAACCCACGUAUCAGCCCAGCCUGGAAACUAAACUGCGCUUUUUCUGAGAAGGGUUGCGGACGACGACUAACGACAGAGCUUCAGGAUGUGUGGAAUCUUCGCGUACCUGAAUUACCGAGUGCCCCGCACCAGGAAGGAGAUAUUUGAGACGCUGGUGAAGGGACUGCAGAGGCUGGAGUACAGAGGCUACGAUUCAGCAGGCGUCGCCGUCGACGGCCCCAUGAAGAAAUGCGGCGACAUCAACAGCAACACCAUCUUCCUGGUCAAGAAGAAGGGGAAGGUCAAGGCCCUGGACGAGGAGCUGUACAAGAAAGAUUCGCUGGACCUGGAUGAGAAGCUGUACACACACUUCGGCAUUGCUCACACUCGCUGGGCCACACACGGGGAGCCGAGUCCAGUCAACAGCCACCCUCAGCGCUCCGACAAGGACAACGAGUUUGUUGUCAUCCACAAUGGCAUCAUAACCAACUACAAAGAGCUGAAGAAGUACCUGAUCAACAAAGGAUACGAGUUUGAGUCGGAGACGGACACGGAGGUGAUCCCAAAGCUGAUCAAAUACCUGUACGACAACCGGGAGAGCAACAGCGUCAGCUUCUCCACGCUGGUGGAGAGGGUGAUCAAGCAGCUGGAGGGGGCCUUCGCUCUGGUGUUUAAAAGCCGUCAUUUCCCCGGAGAAGCUGUAGCCACCAGGAGAGGAAGCCCGUUGGUCAUCGGCGUACGCAGCGAGCACGAGCUGUCGACCGAACACAUCCCCGUCCAGUACAACAGCGUGUCUGUAGGACACUACAAAGACGGUGUUCAGGAGCUGAACAGCCACAACCGGCCAGACUGCUCUAACAGCAUCAGCUCCGUGGGGGACGGCAGAGCUGUGGAGUAUUACUUUGCCUCUGACGCCAGCGCCAUCAUCGAGCACACCAACAAGGUGCUGUACAUGGAGGAUGAUGACAUCGCCGUGGUGACUGAGGGGAAACUGUCCAUCCUCAGGAUGAGCCGGCAGGUUGGUGAUGACCCGGUACGGGCCAUUCAGACGCUGCAGAUGGAGAUGCAGCAGAUCAUGAAAGGUAACUUUGACGCCUUCAUGCAGAAAGAGAUCUUUGAGCAGCCGGAGUCUGUGUUCAACACGAUGAGAGGCCGCAUUUGUUUUGACACCAACACAGUGAUUCUCGGGGGGCUGAAAGACCACCUCAAAGAAAUCAAGCGGUGCCGACGACUGAUCAUGAUCGGCUGUGGCACGAGCUUUCACGCUGCGGUGGCUACCAGGCAGAUCCUGGAGGAGCUGACUGAGCUGCCUGUCAUGGUGGAGCUGGCCAGUGACUUCCUGGACCGCAACACUCCCGUUUUCAGAGAUGACGUGUGCUUCUUCAUCAGCCAGUCAGGAGAAACUGCAGACACCCUGAUGGCGCUACGCUACUGCAAGGACCGUGGGGCUCUGACAGUUGGCAUUACCAACACCGUGGGCAGCUCCAUCUGCAGAAAUACAGACUGCGGAGUCCACAUCAAUGCUGGGCCGGAGAUAGGAGUGGCCAGCACCAAGGCCUACACUAGCCAGUUUGUCUCCCUCACCAUGUUUGGUCUGAUGAUGAGUGAGGACAGACUGUCCCUACAGAAUAGACGGCUGGAGAUCAUCAAUGGCCUCAAGGUGCUUCCUGAGCUGAUAAAAAAGGUGUUGUCCCUGAAUGAAAAGAUCAAGGCCAUCGCAGAAGAGCUGUUUGAGCAGAGGUCUCUACUGGUGAUGGGUCGGGGGUUUAACUAUGCCACCUGCCUGGAGGGGGCGCUGAAAAUUAAGGAGAUCACAUACAUGCACUCGGAAGGCAUCCUGGCUGGGGAGCUGAAGCACGGUCCUUUGGCACUUGUAGACAAACAAAUGCCAGUCAUCAUGAUCAUCAUGAGAGACGCUUGCUAUGUUAAAUGCCAGAAUGCUCUACAACAAGUCACUGCCAGAUCGGGCCGGCCCAUCAUUCUGUGUUGCCAAGACGACCCUGAGGUGACUAAGAAUGCCUACAAGACCAUUGAGCUGCCACAAACUGUAGACUGUCUGCAAGGCAUCCUCAGCGUCAUCCCGCUGCAACUGCUGUCCUUCCACUUGGCCGUCCUGCGAGGAUAUGAUGUUGAUUUUCCACGAAACUUGGCCAAGUCUGUGACUGUGGAAUAAGUCCGCAACAUGAAGUGCAAUUACAGUGCAAUUAAAUGUGUGUGUGUGUGUGUGUGUGUGUGUGUGUGUGUGUGUGUGUGUGUGUGUGUGUGUGUGUGUGUGUGUGUGUGUGUGUGUGUGUGUGUGUGUGUGUGUGAAUGAGUGAGGUGGGAUUGGGGUAAAGUAGGGGACUUUAAUUGUGGGUCUGCAGAUCAGUGUGUGAAUGUGACAUAUGAAAGAGAGAGGGUACAUGGUUCAAUGCCUUAAAAAAGAAAUGUGAACUCCAACUUAUACACUGCUGAGGAAGUGCCAGUGCCACCGAUGCCUUGUGGAAUAAUUUAUAGAAACAACAUUGAGACGUCCAAAGCAAUGUGCCGUACCUUUUUCUAAUAUUUAAAGUUGAGCCAAAACACAGAAAACAGGCAUGGGUAGGAGGAAUCUUUGCUGCGGUAUAUUGAAGUGUUUACAGCUGCACAGUUUGGGGACCAAAGUGGACUAUGAAUGUACACAAUCACAAAUGAGCUGAUUUAUUUUCUUUCUGCAUAAUGAGUUUCUUUUGUUCAUUGGGAGUUUCAUACCUUUCUGUUUAAUAAUGGGAAAUGUAGCAAUGACAGCUAUAUUUUAGAGAGUUCUCUGAAAUAUAACAAUCUUAUUCUAUGCAUUGUUUUGCACUCUAAUGCAUCACUGUGCCUGGUGGACCAUUAUGCAGUAAUAAAUUCAUACUCUUUAGCAGGCACUACCAAAGGUACAUUUCACAAAUUAUUGGAUUUUUUUGGGCAUAAUCCUAUUUAUAAUAUUUCAUUUUAAAUUAAGUAAAUAUUGGAUAUCUGAUGUGUUUAACAGAAUUUUCAGCGAUAGCUUUAAUUUGAACCAUUUCUUUUUCGUAGAACCAACAUUCCCACCUACGUAAAGCAGUCAGAAUAUGUGCUAUUACGUGUAAAAGUACUUCUAUUUUGUCAACCAUUCGUUUAUAGUAAUAAUAAUAUCCUGUAUUUAUCUGAAUUCAUUUGAUAUGGGUUGAAGAGAGGGUUUGAUUUAUCUGUAACUGUGAUUGUAUUUUAUACAGUAUUUUUUACAGAUACAAUCUGGCACUAUCAAUCAUUAAGUGGAUAAAGUGUUCUAUGGAAAGCA